AUGGAUUCCCGUCUCCGCGCACUUUGCAUGACAUUCGUCCUGGCCUCGUUCGGCCGGAGGUCAGGUGCGGCGGGAGCGGUGAUCCGAUGCGAGCCGUGCGACGCCGGAGCGCGGCUCCUGUGCAAGCCUCUGCCCAAGGACUGCGCCGAGAGGGUCCGCGAGCCGGGCUGCGGCUGCUGCAUGACCUGCGCGCUCAGCUUCGGCCAGCCGUGCGGAGUGUACACCGGGAGAUGUGGCUCCGGGCUAACAUGUCAGCAUCAGCCCGGCGAGACGAAGCCUCUGCAGGCUCUGCUGGAGGGACGGGGCAUCUGUGCAAACACCACCAGCAAGAGACUCACCGUCAGACCGACACCUCCGGUCAACGAGCUGCCAGCAGAGGGUAUUGAUGCUCAGGAGGAGGAGCGGAACUCCACCGGCCCAGGCCUCCAGAUCUUGUACAGCACCCACAGACCCACGGGACCCCUGAGACCCCCGCUCCUCCCUUUCUUCCCCUCCGCCAAGUCAGAAGUCCUGAGACAGGAGCAGCAGAGGCGAACCCAGAGCUUUAAGAUGGAGGAGCUCCCGGGACCUCUCCUCACGGACCAGCAGAACUUCUCUCUGGAGACCAAACAGGAGCCUGAGUAUGGUCCCUGUCGGAGAGAGAUUGAGAGCAUUCUCAGCACCCUCAAGAUUACAGACAUUCUCAACCCCAGAGGUUUCCGCAUACCAAACUGUGACAAGAAGGGCUUCUAUAAGAAAAAGCAGUGCCGUCCGUCCAAGGGCAGAAAGCGCGGCUUCUGUUGGUGCGUGGACAAAUACGGGCAGCCGCUGCCAGGCUUCGAUGGGAAGGAGCGGGGAGACACCCAGCACUACAACUCCGGGAGCCAAUAGGAGCCGGGGCAGGACGGAGGGCGAGAGGGAGGGACGGUGGCAGUGAGAGCGAGAAGAAUUGUAAACAAACAGAGACGCUGAGGAUAUUGGGAGAGGGGUCAAGAGAUGGCUCAACCGAUAUGUGGAUGUUUGCUAUUUCUAUCUGUUGC